AUGAAUGGUUUGAGGCUCGUAAUGAUGAUGAGGGGCGGCAUUAGCGGAGGUCUUGGAAAGAGGAGGAAGGGUGAAGUCAAUGGGUUCAGAAGGAGAGGAUACCCCAACCCCCUUUGCUCUCCACCCAACCCCCUCAAUCCCAACCUUCCUCACCCCCCCUUCUCCAGCUGCGACCGGGAGAGAAGGCUGUUGGUGGUGCGGAAUGGGGAGAGGGCAUGGAACGGGGGGGGGGAGGAGGAGGAGGAGGAGGAGGAGGAGGAGGAGGAGGAGGAGGAGGAGGAAGAGGAGGAGGAGGAGGAGGAGGAGGAGGAGGAGGAGGAGGAGGAGGAGGAGGAGGAGGAGGAGGAGGGGGAAGGAACGAGUGGGGGAAACUGGGGCGAAAUGAAUGGGGAGAUGAAUGGGGAGAUGAAUGGGGAGAUGAAUGGGGAGAUGAAUGGGGAGAUGAAUGGGCAGAUGAAUGGGCAGAUGAAUGGGCAGAUGAAUGGGCAGAUGAAUGGGCAGAUAAAUGGGCAGAAGAAUAGGGAGAUGAAUGGGGAGAUGAAUGGGGAGAUGAAUGGGGAGAUGAAUGGGGAGAUGAAUGGGGAGAUGAAUGGGGAGAUGAAUGGGAAGAUGAAUGGGGAGAUGAUUGGGGAGAUGAUUGGGGAGAUGAAUGGGGAGAUGAAUGGGGAGAUGAAUGGGGAGAUGAAUGGGAAGAUGAAUUGGAAGAUGAACAGGGAGAUGAACGGGGAGAUGAAUGGGAAGAUGAACGGGCGUUGUACUGGUGGUGCUGGUGGUGGCAUCUACACGGAUGGGGUGGGAGCGGGCAAGUCGACACUUUGGCAGCCGUUCAUCAUGGCCGGAUCACUGAAGGACAACAUCAUCUUCGGCCGUCCAUUCCAAGCAGAGCUCUACAAUCAGGUGCUCGACGCGUGUGCGCUGCGCCAGGACAUUGCCAGCUGGCCCCGGCGCGACCUCACAGAGAUUGGCGAGCGCGGGGUGAACCUGAGCGGUGGGCAGAGGGCGAGAGUGGGCCUGGCACGCGCUGCAUACGCCACCGAUGCAGCACUUGUGCUGCUGGACGACCCGCUCUCCGCUGUGGACCCAACUAUGGGGCAGCACCUGUUUGAGCGGUGCAUUCGCAGUGUGAUGCGCAGGCGGCCAAGGAUUCUUGUCACACACCAGCUGCAGUACCUCCCAAGAUACAUCAACCCCCUUUGCUCUCCACCCAACCCCCUCAAUCCCAACCUUCCUCACCCCCCCUUCUCCAGCUGCGACCGGGUGUUAGUGCUGGACGGGGGAAGGCCAGGGGCCUUGGGUCCCUAA